UCCUUCUCAUAGGAGUGAAAUUUAGCUUCCUUCCUUUGCCCUUUCUUCUCCGUCUUUCCCAUAUCUAUCUUUCUUCUCUUCCACUCUUCCUCCUCUGUUUCUCAGUUUUCUUCUCCCUUAGAUUUUGCAUUCUCUCUCUCGAUUUCGGAAAGUCCAAUUCCUUUUUCCUUUUUCUUUUCUGAUCUCUGUGAUUACGUCUCUCCACUAUUUUCCCGGGAAAAGUUUGUUUCGCAUCUUUCCCGGAAAGUUCUCACCUUUCCGUUAUUUCAACCUCUGGGGUUUCUUUCUCCACACGACACGACCGUUGUUCCUCACUAAUCAAAACUAAUCCAAUCAAAAACCUUCCGACAUCACAUUUGUUGUAAUUGUCUGAAAGCACCCCACUUUCUUCUUCUGCUUACGUCAAGUUCUCACCUUUCCGUUAUUGUAAUUGUCUGAAAAGCAUCCAACUUUGAUGGGUCUCUGUCACGGGAAACCCAUCGAGCACCAAUCAAAACAGAGCCUCCAAAUCACCAACAACAACGAGGAGGAGGAAGCACCUAAGAAGACUCCUCUCAAUCUGUUUAGUCCAUUACCUAGCAGCCUCUUCAAAACCUCCUCCUCCUCACCUAGCGUGACCCCCACGCCACUCCGCAUCUUCAAGCGACCUUUCCCACCUCCCUCCCCCGCCAAGCACAUACGCGCUUUCCUCGCGCGUCGUCGUCACGGCUCCUCCACCAAGCCUGACCAAGCUUCCAUCCCUGAAGGUAGUAGUAGUGAGUGUGAGGUGGGACUCGACAAGGCUUUUGGGUUCUCCAAGCAGUUUGGUUCCUACUACGAGAUUGAUGGUGAGGUGGGUCGUGGUCAUUUUGGGUUUACUUGCUCUGCUAAGGGCAAGAAAGGUUGCUUGAAAGGUCAUGAUGUUGCUGUCAAAGUCAUUCCUAAAUCAAAGAUGACUACGGCAAUUGCAAUUGAGGAUGUUAGAAGAGAAGUGAAGAUAUUGAAGGCUUUGACUGGUCACAAGAACCUAGUCCAGUUCUAUGACGCCUUUGAAGAUGAUGAGAAUGUUUACAUUGUCAUGGAGUUAUUGAAAGGAGGUGAACUCUUGGACAAAAUACUUCAAAGGGGAGGCAAAUACUCAGAAGAAGAUGCUAAGAAAGUAAUGGUUCAGAUUCUUAGUGUAGUGGCAUACUGUCAUCUUCAAGGUGUGGUUCACCGUGACCUCAAACCUGAGAAUUUUCUCUUCACUACAAAGGACGAGAGUUCUCCUCUGAAAGCCAUUGAUUUUGGUCUCUCCGACUAUGUCAGACCAGAUGAGAGGUUGAAUGACAUAGUAGGAAGUGCUUAUUACGUGGCUCCUGAAGUUCUACACCGUACAUAUGGAACUGAAGCAGAUAUGUGGAGCAUUGGAGUGAUUGCUUAUAUACUUCUCUGUGGUAGCAGACCCUUUUGGGCCCGUUCUGAAUCUGGAAUCUUCAGAGCUGUUCUUAAAACAGAACCCAAUUUCCAAGAAGCUCCUUGGCCAUCUCUUUCACCUGACGUCGUAGAUUUCGUGAGACUUUUGCUGAACAAAGAUUACCGUAAGAGAUUAACCGCUGCACAGGCUUUGUGUCAUCCGUGGCUGGCUGGUUCACAUGAACUAAAGAUACCAUCUGAUAUGAUCAUUUACAAGCUUGUAAAACUAUACAUUAUGUCCUCUUCUUUGAGGAAGUCUGCUUUAUCGGCUCUUGCCAAAACAUUAACUGUGCCGCAGCUGAGUUACCUCCGUGAGCAAUUUAAUCUGUUGGGACCAAGCAAAAACGGAUAUAUCUCAAUGCAGAACUACAAAACAGCGAUCAUGAAGAGUUCGACAAAGGCCACAAAGGAUUCAAGAGUCUUGGAUUUUGUAGACAUGAUUAGUUGUCUCCAGUACAAGAAACUAGACUUUGAAGAGUUUUGCGCUUCGGCUUUAAGUGUUUAUCAGCUAGAAGCGAUGGAGACUUGGGAGCAACACGCACGCCGUGCUUAUGAGUUGUUUGAGAAGGAUGGAAACAGAGUUAUCAUGAUCGAGGAACUUGCAUCGGAACUUGGUCUUGGUCCAUCAGUCCCAGUUCAUGUUGUUCUUCAGGAUUGGAUAAGACAUUCUGAUGGGAAGCUAAGUUUCUUGGGUUUUGUCAGACUCUUACACGGUGUGUCCUCUCGGACAUUGCAGAAAGCGUAGAGAGAAGCUUCUUACCCUUAGCCUUGCCGCUAGGAAAUGAACCUUACACCAAGUCUAAAUAUUAUGACUGUAAAGGUAACUAGUGAUCAGAUCAACUGUUGCAGAGCUACCAUAUUUGUCAGAUGAAGUUGCAGCCUAGGAGAUGUAGCUCUGGUUCGAUAUGUGUUCUUUUUGCUCUUUUUUGGGUAAAGAUAAAGAGUCUUUAUGGUUUACGAAUGAUGUUAGUGAUUUUAAAAGGGGUUGUAAAGAAGAAGAAACAUAUCUAUUUCCCCUAUUGAAGUUGUCUCUUUCUUCUUCUUUGUUCCUUUGUAAUAAGAACACACACCUCUGUUCUUACCUUAACAAAAGUAUCAAACUUUUUACAUUGAUGUUCA